AUGGGGUUGCUAUCGCUCGUGAAGCGGAGAAAUGCCGCCGCCAAAAGUGAUGCCCCAGCCGACACCGCCGACGCGCAGCCCGCCGCCCCUGCGGCCGCGGAGCAGCCAUCGCCAGCCGCCGCACCUGCUGAAGGAGCUGACGAUGCGGUAUAUUUGGUGCGCAAGGCGGGCUUAGCGGCGAAGGCGGCGAAGGAACCGGCGAAGGAGGAGGUGGGGGAGGCGGAGCACACAGUGCGCGUGCUGGGGCGCGCGUACGAGAGCGUGCACGAGGCGUACAGCAUGGGGCGCGAGCUGGGGCGCGGGCAGUACGGCGUGAUCCGCGCGUGCGUGGAGAAGGCGACGGGCGUGGCGUGGGCAUGCAAGAGCAUCAGCAAGGCGCGGCUGGCGGGCGCACGCGAGGUGGAGGAUGUGCGGCGGGAGGUGCGCGUGAUGCAGCAGCUGCGCGGCCACCCCGCCAUCGUGGCGCUGCACGCCACCUUGGAAGACGACCAGCAAGUGCAUCUCAUAAUGGAGUGUUGUGAGGGCGGGGAGCUGUUUGACCGCAUUCGCCGGCGCAAGCGCUACCCGGAGGAGGACGCGGCGGUGGUGUGCCGCACGCUGGUGGGCGUGGUGGGGCACCUGCAGCGCCACGGCCUCAUGCACCGCGACCUCAAGCCCGAGAACAUCCUGCUCGUGUCGCCCGCCUCCCACACGCACGUCAAAGUCGUCGACUUCGGCCUCGCCCUCCCCGUGCCCUCCCCGUCCACCCAGGUGCCCUCCCCGUCCACCCAGGUGCCCUCCCCGUCCACCCAGGUGCCCUCCCCGUCCACCCAGGUGCCCUCCCCGUCCACCCAGGUGCCCUCCCCGUCCACCCAGGUGCCCUCCCCGUCCACCCAGGUGCCCUCCCCGUCCACCCAGGUGCCCUCCCCGUCCACCCAGGUGCCCUCCCCGUCCACCCAGGUGCCCUCCCCGUCCACCCAGGUGCCCUCCCCGUCCACCCAGGUGCCCUCCCCGUCCACCCAGGUGCCCUCCCCGUCCACCCAGGUGCCCUCCCCGUCCACCCAGGUGCCCUCCCCGUCCACCCAGGUGCCCUCCCCGUCCACCCAGGUGCCCUCCCCGUCCACCCAGGUGCCCUCCCCGUCCACCCAGGUGCCCUCCCCGUCCACCCAGGUGCCCUCCCCGUCCACCCAGGUGCCCUCCCCGUCCACCCAGGUGCCCUCCCCGUCCACCCAGGUGCCCUCCCCGUCCACCCAGGUGCCCUCCCCGUCCACCCAGGUGCCCUCCCCGUCCACCCAGGUGCCCUCCCCGUCCACCCAGGUGCCCUCCCCGUCCACCCAGGUGCCCUCCCCGUCCACCCAGGUGCCCUCCCCGUCCACCCAGGUGCCCUCCCCGUCCACCCAGGUGCCCUCCCCGUCCACCCAGGUGCCCUCCCCGUCCACCCAGGUGCCCUCCCCGUCCACCCAGGUGCCCUCCCCGUCCACCCAGGUGCCCUCCCCGUCCACCCAGGUGCCCUCCCCGUCCACCCAGGUGCCCUCCCCGUCCACCCAGGUGCCCUCCCCGUCCACCCAGGUGCCCUCCCCGUCCACCCAGGUGCCCUCCCCGUCCACCCAGGUGCCCUCCCCGUCCACCCAGGUGCCCUCCCCGUCCACCCAGGUGCCCUCCCCGUCCACCCAGGUGCCCUCCCCGUCCACCCAGGUGCCCUCCCCGUCCACCCAGGUGCCCUCCCCGUCCACCCAGGUGCCCUCCCCGUCCACCCAGGUGCCCUCCCCGUCCACCCAGGUGCCCUCCCCGUCCACCCAGGUGCCCUCCCCGUCCACCCAGGUGCCCUCCCCGUCCACCCAGGUGCCCUCCCCGUCCACCCAGGUGCCCUCCCCGUCCACCCAGGUGCCCUCCCCGUCCACCCAGGUGCCCUCCCCGUCCACCCAGGUGCCCUCCCCGUCCACCCAGGUGCCCUCCCCGUCCACCCAGGUGCCCUCCCCGUCCACCCAGGUGCCCUCCCCGUCCACCCAGGUGCCCUCCCCGUCCACCCAGGUGCCCUCCCCGUCCACCCAGGUGCCCUCCCCGUCCACCCAGGUGCCCUCCCCGUCCACCCAGGUGCCCUCCCCGUCCACCCAGGUGCCCUCCCCGUCCACCCAGGUGCCCUCCCCGUCCACCCAGGUGCCCUCCCCGUCCACCCAGGUGCCCUCCCCGUCCACCCAGGUGCCCUCCCCGUCCACCCAGGUGCCCUCCCCGUCCACCCAGGUGCCCUCCCCGUCCACCCAGGUGCCCUCCCCGUCCACCCAGGUGCCCUCCCCGUCCACCCAGGUGCCCUCCCCGUCCACCCAGGUGCCCUCCCCGUCCACCCAGGUGCCCUCCCCGUCCACCCAGGUGCCCUCCCCGUCCACCCAGGUGCCCUCCCCGUCCACCCAGGUGCCCUCCCCGUCAACCCAGGUGCCCUCCCCGUCCACCCAGGUGCCCUCCCCGUCCACCCAGGUGCCCUCCCCGUCCACCCAGGUGCCCUCCCCGUCAACCCAGGUGCCCUCCCCGUCAACCCAGGUGCCCUCCCCGUCAACCCAGGUGCCCUCCCCGUCAACCCAGGUGCCCUCCCCGUCAACCCAGGUGCCCUCCCCGUCAACCCAGGUGCCCUCCCCGUCAACCCAGGUGCCCUCCCCGUCAACCCAGGUGCCCUCCCCGUCAACCCAGGUGCCCUCCCCGUCCACCCAGGUGCCCUCCCCGUCCACCCAGGUGCCCUCCCCGUCCACCCAGGUGCCCUCCCCGUCCACCCAGGUGCCCUCCCCGUCCACCCAGGUGCCCUCCCCGUCCACCCAGGUGCCCUCCCCGUCCACCCAGGUGCCCUCCCCGUCCACCCAGGUGCCCUCCCCGUCCACCCAGGUGCCCUCCCCGUCCACCCAGGUGCCCUCCCCGUCAACCCAGGUGCCCUCCCCGUCAACCCAGGUGCCCUCCCCGUCAACCCAGGUGCCCUCCCCGUCAACCCAGGUGCCCUCCCCGUCAACCCAGGUGCCCUCCCCGUCAACCCAGGUGCCCUCCCCGUCAACCCAGGUGCCCUCCCCGUCCACCCAGGUGCCCUCCCCGUCCACCCAGGUGCCCUCCCCGUCAACCCAGGUGCCCUCCCCGUCAACCCAGGUGCCCUCCCCGUCAACCCAGGUGCCCUCCCCGUCAACCCAGGUGCCCUCCCCGUCAACCCAGGUGCCCUCCCCGUCAACCCAGGUGCCCUCCCCGUCAACCCAGGUGCCCUCCCCGUCAACCCAGGUGCCCUCCCCGUCAACCCAGGUGCCCUCCCCGUCAACCCAGGUGCCCUCCCCGUCAACCCAGGUGCCCUCCCCGUCAACCCAGGUGCCCUGCCCUCCCCGUCAACCCAGGUGCCCUCCCCGUCAACCCAGGUGCCCUGCCCUCCCCGUCAACCCAGGUGCCCUCCCCGUCAACCCAGGUGCCCUCCCCGUCAACCCAGGUGCCCUCCCCGUCAACCCAGGUGCCCUCCCCGUCAACCCAGGUGCCAAGCUUUUUGUUCGCCAGGCAGUGACUUCACACACGCACUCAUCUCGCCUCCUCCUUGCACUCCACUGCCUCCUUGCACUCCACUGCCUCCUUGCACUCCACUGCCUCCUUGCACUCCACUGCCUCCUUGCACUCCACUGCCUCCUUGCACUCCACUGCCUCCUUGCACUCCACUGCCUCCUUGCACUCCACUGCCUCCUUGCACUCCACUGCCUCCUUGCACUCCACUGCCUCCUUGCACUCCACUGCCUCCUUGCACUCCACUGCCUCCUUGCACUCCACUGCCUCCUUGCACUCCACUGCCUCCUUGCACUCCACUGCCUCCUUGCACUCCACUGCCUCCUUGCACUCCACUGCCUCCUUGCACUCCACUGCCUCCUUGCACUCCACUGCCUCCUUGCACUCCACUGCCUCCGUCCCUCUCCCGUGGGGCGCUGCUCACUGCACCCCUCCCGUGGGGCGCUGCUCACUGCACCCCUCCCGUGGGGCGCUGCUCACUGCACCCCUCCCGUGGGGCGCUGCUCACUGCACCCCUCCCGUGGGGCGCUGCUCACUGCACCCCUCCCGUGGGGCGCUGCUCACUGCACCCCUCCUCUGCAUGGCACGGCACGGCACGGGUGGCAUGCGCAUGGCGGGGCGGUGAGGGUGGCAGGGGCGCGGGUGACGGCGAUGGCGGGGAGCAGCUACUACAUGGCGCCGGAGGUGCUGGAGCACUGCUACGGCGCCGAGGCGGACAUGUGGAGUGUGGGCGUCGUGCUCUUCAUCCUGCUCGCCGGCGUGCCGCCCUUCUGGGCUGCCAGCGAGGCCGGCAUCUUCAGCGCCAUCCGGGCGGCGCGUGUGGACGUGUUCAGCGGGGGGUGGGCGGGCAUCUCCCCGGACGCCAAGGACCUCGUGCUGCGCCUGCUCACGCGCGACCCCGCCCGCCGCAUCACCCCCGACAAGGCCCUCUCCCAUCGGUGGUUCAAGUCCGUCACUGCCGGCCCCCCACCCUCCCUUGUGCCCAUCAAGGCCUCCCCGGCAGAUGCUCCCACGCGCGCCCUGUCAGCUGCUGGCCUGCCAGGUGUUCGUCUGGGCGGUAAGCGCGGGUCCAGCACAGCGGGGGCAGGUGGAGAGAGGGCAGGGAAGGGAGGGGAGAGGGACGGUGGUGGCCGGCGCGGUGGGCAGGAAGGAGUGGCGGCGAGCAGGAGUGUGGAGGGCGCGGGCUGGCGGGAGCAGGGGGAGAGAGGGUGCGCGGACGAUGGCCGGGAGUUGGUGCGAGGCAGGGCGGGCAGCAGCGAGGGCAGCGCGGGCCGUGCAGCACGGCUGACACGGCACCGCUCGGAGGAUGUGGCGCAGCUGCUGCGCGGCGCAGGGGGGGCGCGGGAGUGGCAGGGCGGCACGGUGGAGGAGUGGAAGGCGAUGAGGAGAGAGGAGGGGAGAGGCGCGCGGGGCAAUGACAUGAGAAGGGAAAGGGAAGGAGGCGUCGAGAUGAGGGACGAGGAGGGAAGGAGGAGCAAAGGUUGGAGCAUGAGCAGGGAGAGAGGUAGAGAGAGGGAUCAAGAACGGAAUCGGAGUAUGGACAGGGAAUGGGAGCGGGAAAAGCGAGUGGAGAUGGAUAGAGACAGAGGUAGGGAGUGGGCCAGGGAUAGACACAGGGGUAGGGACGAGGAGAAAGAGACGAUCAAGGAAGAGGAGAGGAGUAGAGACAGAGUGAGCGAGGGGGAGAGGGAUAGAGACAGGUUCAGGGAGGGGGAGAGGGAUAAGGACAGUGAUGAGGAGGGGGGGAGUGAAAGGGACAGGGUAAGGGACAGGUUCAGGGGGAGGGAUAAAGAGGGCGAUAGAGAGAGGUACCGAUUGCAAGAUGGUGGGAGGGCAUACAGGAGGAGUUUCGAGUUGGAUGAUGAACGGGAACAAAGAUGGAGAGAGCGUGAGAGAGACAGUGAGAGAAGCAGAGAGUUGGAUAGCGGCAGAGAGUUGGAUAGCGGCCGGGACAGGCGCAGAGAGAGGGAGAAGGAGAGAGAGGAGAUGGGACGGGAGAAGGAUUGGAAAAAGGACGUGAGGGGGGAGAGGGGAAGAGGGAGACGAAAUGAAGGUAGUGGGGCGGAGGUAGGGCGUGGUAGGGAGGAGUGUGGAGGAGUGGGGGAUGGAGGGAGGAACGGGGUGCUGUGGCGAGUGGGCAGUGGCAGCAGGCGGUUGGGGGAGAAGGCACGCGGCGUGGGAGGCGUGGGAGGGGUGGGAGGGGUGGGAGGGGUGGGAGGGGUGGGGGGUGUGCAGCGCCACAUGUCGGAUGUGAGCGGCCUGCUGGCAGCCGAGCACGCCCGGGCCACCCACCACCACGCCCUCUCCCCCUCUCGCCGCUCCCCCCUCUCCCCCUCUCGCCGCUCCCCCCUCUCCCCCUCUCGCCGCUCCCCCCUCUCCCCCUCUCGCCGCUCCCCCCUCUCCCCCUCUCGCCGCUCCCCCCUCUCCCCUUCUCGCCGCUCCCCCCUCUCCCCCCUCUCCAGCCCCGAUGCCCCCUCUGGUGCCGGGCGCGCCCCCCGCUCGCGCCCGUCACGGCGCUCGCACUGGCGCCUGUCGUGCGACCUGGACGCCCCGCAUGGCAGCGACCUGGACGCCCCGCAUGGCAGCGCCGCCACCGCCCAGGGCGGAGCACAUGGGGGGGACGAGGAGGGGGGAGGUGGCGUGGGGGGAAGAGCAGAGAAUGAGUGGGGCAGGGCGAGCGCGCGGAGGAGAGCCAUGCAGCGAUCGCCGUCUCCGGAGCGCGAGAGGGAGGAGCGCAGUGGGGGGGCAGCACACCGACGCACUGGCAGCAGCAGCAGCAGCAGCGGCCACGACCCCACCACCGCUCGCCCCUCACGGGCGUCCCACCCCACUGGGCUGCCCCCUCCCGGCGACCACCACCGGCGCCACCGCAGCUCCGGCGACAUGCUGCCCGACCUCGCCUGCCCCGCCCCCGCCCCCGCCCCUCCCACCCGCACGCCCCCCUGCGCCGCGCUGCGCUCCCUGUCUGGCGGGCGCCCCCCUGACUGCCCCCCGCGCCCGGGGCUGGCUGGCAGCAGAGGCGCGGCCGGCAGGGAGGAGCAGGGCGCGGGUGACAAGGGCGCGGGGCGGGAUGGUGCAGGGCGAGUGGGUGAGCGCACACGGCACAGUCGGAGUGCGUCGGUGGGGGUGGCGGGUAUGGGGCGCAGGGAAGGGCGGAGGCAUAGCGAUGGGGAGGAGGGGGAUGAGGAGGACAGGAUUUAUGGGGAUAGGUGGGGGGAAGCAGAGGCAGAGAUGGCAGUGCGCUCGCCGGGGGCAAGGAUAGAGGAAGCAGCAGUGGAUAGGCUGCUGGGCGGGGGUGCGAGUGGGGGUGGUUUGGUUCGGCACCGAUCCAUGGACGUGGCGUCGCUGCUGCACGCCCGCUCUGCUGAUGACGCUGCCUGCCCCUCAUCCCCUGUGCGCCGCGCCCUGUCCCCUGUGCCGGGCCUCAACACAACCAUCAACGCCCUGUCCCCUGUGCCGGGCCUCAACACAACCAUCAACGCCCUGUCCCCUGUGCCGGGCCUCAACACAACCAUCAACGCCCUGUCCCCUGCGCAGCGAGGCGCAGAGGUGAGGGAGGUGAGGGAGGCAGCAGAGCAGGACAGCAGCAGAGGCAGCAGCCCGGGUGGGGGCAGUAGCUUCCGCAUGAAGGGCAGCAGGAGCGGGGUGACAGAGGGAGGUGAGAGAGGAGAGGGAGGAGAGGGAGAGGAGCGUGACAGGUGGAGCUCUGGCCAGGCACGGAGAGCAGUGGGCAGUGCAGGGGGGCUUUGGGGGGGAGGUGAAGGACACGGGCACAUGCGCAGCAGCAGUAGCAAGGGGGAGAGCAGAGAGGGUUCAUCGCUGGACCGAGAGGGUGGGGGUGAGUGCAGUGGAUGGGAGGAGGAGAGUUCCGAGGUGCACGGUGGGGAAGAGCAACGGGGGCAGGGACACAGAGCGAGCGGGUGGGGCCUCAAGGCGGUUGAGGCGGCUGAUGGGAGGCGGUGGAGCAAGGGAAGUGCCGGCAGGCUGGCACGGUACCGAUCUGCAGAUGUGUCCUCCCUUCUCCACUGA